AUGUUUGGAGGAUUCGCCCCCCCGCAGCAGUCGCCCGAGGAGAUUCGCGCCAUGGAGGCCGAAGCUACCUUCACCGUCCAGCAGGUCGCCGCAACUGCCUUCAUGCUCUACCUCUCUCCCUUCGCCGUCGACAUGAUCAGCCGCAUCUUCUAA